AUGUUGUCCACUCUGAGGAAGCUCUUCUUCUUUAAGAAGGAGCCGAAAACCCCCUUGGGGUUUUGUGACGGCCCAAGCAGGGGAACGGGAUACUUGUCCUGCUUUCACUGUGGAACUGAAGACAGGUACCGCCAGCCUUAUGACCCUGAAAACCAAUUUCAUGAGGCAGUAUGCAUGGGAAAGCGCAAAGUGGUGGUGCGUCUCCUCAGGAAGAACCAAUUUCAUGUGAACGAUGAGGAUGAAGGGAAACGAACUGCGCUCCACUUUGCAUGCUUCUAUGGCCAUAUCAAUCUGGUUCGUUUUCUGUUAAGAUUUAAUGCCUGUGAGAUUAAUGCCCUUGACAAUCAAAUGUCCACACCACUAAUGAAGGCUGUACAAAGCUGGGAGACAGAGAUCGUGUCUGUCCUACUUGAUCGUGGAGCAGAUCCCAAUAUUAAAGAUUGCAAUGGAGAAGCAGCAAUUCACCAUGCAGUGUAUGUAGACAGGCCAGAUAUUGCCAGCAGUCUUCUUGAAUUUGGGGGAAACAUUGAAGAUACUACAAAGGAUGGGUUGACCCCUCUGCUGCUAGCACUCCGAGAAAGGAAACCCCGCAUGGCAGCAUACCUAAUCACACACGGUGCGAAUCUUCACGUAUCUGAUCAAUAUCUAAGAACAACACUCAUGUAUGCUGUUAGAUGGGAUUGUGAAAAUAUGGUUGAAAUUUUACUGAAGAAAGGUGUUGAUCACCAGUUAAAGGACACAUUUGGAUGGAGUGCUCUUUAUUAUGCCAUUAUGGGGAAACGCAAAACAAAAAUGGUGAUUAUUCAGCACGACUUAUUCCUCUGGAGACAACAAAAUACCUUCACACGAAAUCAGCCUGAAGAUGUCUUUUUAUCGGGACAUCACUUUGAAUCUGAGUCACUGAUUUCCGUGUGUGCAACAAUGGAGGACACAGCUAAUUUGAAAACUCAGCAAGAUAUUCCUGAGAAUAGUCUGAAAAGUGGUGUGGAUGACUUACCAAUAGCUUCCAAACAAUAUGAAAAUGUAGAAGAACAAGAAGAAGAACUAGAAUUAGAAACAAUACCGGAUUUAAAACUGGAAAAUGAAAAUGCUUAUAAUAAGAAUGAAGACUAUCAAAAGUUGAAAGCUGCCCAGUCAUCCAACAUAGGAAAUGGUCUAGAAGAAAAUGAAAUAAUUCAAGUUUGGGCUGAAAAAUGUCCACAUCCAGAGCUGAGGGAUGAUUGUCAUUUAGUCUCCAGAUCCAAGCCUGAAACACAGCAGUCUCAAACAGUUUGGGCUGAAAAAUGUCCACACCCAGAGCAGAGGGAUUAUUCUCAUCGAAUUUCCAAACCCAAGUCUGAAACACAGCAAUCUCAAGCAGUGUGGGCUGAAAAAUGUCCUCACUCAGAGCUGAGGGAUUAUUCACGUCCAAUCUCCAAACCUGAGUCUCUACCACACCAAUCUCAACCAGAUAUAAUAUUUUCAGAAGAACUAGAAGAAGAAAUAACAGAAUUUAAAGUGGAAAAUGAGAGAAGUUUUGAUAAGAGUGCAGAAAAUCAAGAAUUUAGUGUGUCUGACCCUAAUGGACCACAGGAAUCUUCUACAACAGGUCCCAACUCAUCCAAAAUGGACAAUGAUGCAGAAAAAAAUGUAAUAAUGCAUCAGGAGAGAACAUCUGUCAUGGAAGACCAAGAGCAUGCCUCAGAAGAGCAGAAGCAGCACAGUGCUAGAAAAACUAAGCGGCCAUUUGUAAGUAUAUACUUCAGUUUACAUUGCACAUUUAUGCUGUUUCCACAGUAAUGUUCCAUAGGCCAA